GUAGCAUACGUGCUCAUAACUAGUCAGAAGGUCGUAUACGAGACCGUCCGUGAGUGACUUAUCACUCACUGGACUGGUCGACGUAAUGAAGUGUAGCUGCUGCUGAGGGUCCACGACGAGGCACCUUGUUCACCAAAGAGAAUCAAAAGCUGACCUAAAACCCAGUGGUUCUUAAAAGUAGCAUCUCCGGAGUCGCGUGCGUGUGUGACGUGAGGGGGUGAGAGACAGGAAAAGACGCGGUUUUACUUCACGCUUCAGCUCUGACUUCUCGCCUCUUCCGCACUUUACACACUGCGUCCCUGAACAGAACAGUCAGUUAAAUGAACGUUUUUAUUUUGUUUGAGCGAAGACAAGUUCAGUGUAGGAAACGAUACCUAAUUACUGUGCACCCAGAAGCGUAAAAGAGCAAACUUCGCCCCUUCGGAGUCUAACUUGCGGCGUUGCCCUUUUAAAAGCGGUCCCACCCACUGCGUUGCCCCUUUAAAUCGCGGUCGUGGGACAGAGUGCGGUUUAUUUUGGGAAGAAGAAUGAAAAGAAAUAAACCCGUCUUUGGGAGCCCAGGUGUGACCAGCCCUGAACUCUUUCACGCAGGACCUCUGGGAGUAAACAGGCUGGUGUACACUGAUUUACACUGGUUGGAGUGUACAGGGCGCUCCAGCACCAUACGCGUGACUGAAGGUAAAUGAGAGUAAACUGUUAACGGUGGCGGCUCCUCCCAUCAUCUCCUCCUCCGUCUCCUCCCACCCGGUCCAGGAAACCACCGGGUUCAGCUUCUCCCUGCCGCUCUUGAACCCAUAACCCGGGGCGGUGACACACAUGUGCGCAUCGAGCCCUCACCGCCAUUCAUCAUCAGUCAUCAGCGAUCAUCAUCAGUCAUCGACGGUCAUCGUCACUUCGUCCCCGCGGCUCUCGCUGCACGCAGAGCAGUUAAAGAAGAGAUCAUCAAGAGGACCUCGAGCUCCAUCUCACAAUGGGUGAGUCCAGUAUCUGCCAGGCUCGAGCCACGGUGAUGAUCUACGACGAUGCCAACAAGAAGUGGGUCGCAGCCGGCACAGGCGGCCAGGCCUUCAGCCGAGUGCAGGUGUUCCACAACCCCAGCAACAACACCUUCCGAAUAGUGGGGCGCAAGAUGCAGGCGGACCAGCAGGUGGUCAUCAACUGUCCAAUCAUAAAGGGGCUCAAGUACAACCAGGCUACUCCCAGCUUCCACCAGUGGAGGGAUUCCAGGCAGGUGUGGGGCCUGAACUUUGGUAGCAAAGAGGAUGCUACGCUCUUUGCCAACGGUAUCGCACACGCCCUGGAAGUGCUGAACUCCAUUGGAGAUGCAGGUUUAUCCCGUCCAGUGCAAAACGGGCCAUCCCCGGAGGAACUGGAGCAGCAGAGGAGGCUCGAACAGCAGAGACAGGAGCAGCAGGAGAGGGAGCGCUUGGAGAAGGAGAGACAGGCAGCGGCGGCACCCCCGGCGCCACCUGCACCACCACCUCCACCCGCGCCACCCGCGGCCCCAGGGGGGCCCCCACCACCUCCAGGGCCCCCGCCUCCCUCUGGGCCUCCGCCUCCUCCGGGGCCCCCUCCGCCACCUGGCGGUGGCCCGCCUCCGGCCCCACCCCCGCCGUCAUCUGGAGGUGGAGGAGGAGGUGGAGGAAGUGGGGAUGGUGGAGGCCUGGCUGCGGCGCUCGCUGGAGCCAAACUGCGCAAAGUGGCCAAGCCGGACGAGGGUGGUUCAGGACCCCCAGCAGCCAAGGCAGACCGUGGCAGCGCUCCUGCACCAUCGGGGGGAGGAGGAGGAGGAGGAGGAGGAGGAGGAGGAGGAGGAGGAGGAGGUGGUGGUGGCGGUGGUGGCCUGAUGGGGGAGAUGAGUGCCAUUCUCGCACGAAGAAGGAAGGCGGCAGAUACACCAGCAGCUGCAAAGAAGGAUGAGUCCAGUACUGAUGAUGCGGAGCCCCCAACCCCAAAGCCAGUCAGCCAAAGCGAAUCCACCAGAAGACCAUGGGAAAAAGCCGCCACCAUGCCAAGGGCUAACUCCACCCCCAAGGAUCCCGAUGCCUCCCCCUCCACUCCUGCCCCUCCUCCCUUCAGCUCAGGUUCCAGGGUGAAGCAGGCAUCCAGCAGCAAUGACGCAUCCAGCAGCCAGGAGUCUGAAAUGGAGAGAAUCAAACAGGAGCUCCUGGAGGAAGUCCGUAAAGAACUUCAGAAGGUCAAAGAAGAAAUCAUUGGAGCCCUCAUCCAGGAGCUGCAGAAGAGAGGCUCCUCGUAGUCCUGUUUUAUGGAGACCACCGAAGUACUGCAGGCCAGGGGAUUACUGGGUGCUUCCAAAGGGGUUAUAACCCUCUCUUAGGAAUAGUUCUGGGACACCCUUCCCCUUGUCUGCUUCUCAUCCCCCUCCCUUACUGCACUGCAACACACAAACACACAUAUGUGUAUACACAUAUACACAUAUAUAUACACACACACAUAGGAGGGACCACUCCUCCAGCUGUCCUUCUGGCUUCACUUUGCUGUCUUACAUGCCCAGACUGAGGACCAUAGCCGUGUCCCCAACAUGCCGCUCCCGACCCUCCUCCCUCACCUCCUUCUACUGUUGCCUUACCCCCUAUCUCCCCUACCCCAGCUCUGACUUCUCUGUUGUCUUUAGCGGGUCUGUACCGGGUCUCAUUCCUCCUUACUUCAGUAAGCCUGUCAACAGUCAGGGAAUAUCACAGUUUAUGUCAUAACUAUGACGGUGAUCUGGUUCACAUGUGUAGCCCCAGGGGGCCUUCCUUCCAACCCACUGCCCAUCUUAAGACAAAAUGGACUUCACGUACCAUGGAGUUGAACCAAAUAGGGUGUGGGUGGCAGCUAAACAGGCGUGAUUUUGUUACUGCCCCUGGAUGAAGGGGAAAGGUGAUUGGAUGGCCUUGGGUGGUGGGCAGGAUGAAUAAUUACUUGAGGGACCUUCCUGGUGAAUCAACUCUCAGCCAAUAGUUUUAACCUCAGGGAUGAGCAUCAGGGCAGUCUCACUGACUGCUCCCAAUCACAGGCCCCGCUUCGCUUCUCCACAAGGAAUGUCCCGUGCCUCCCAACUGCCUCCUGGUGCUCACCACCGCACCCCUGCUGGAGAAGAAUAGAGAAAAGGAAAUGUGAGCAAUAAAGUAAAAUCGAGACUGUACAACAGAGGGUUGAAGAACCUGGGGUUGGGAGGUGGCGGGGAACUCGUGCACUUGGCGUGACUGUGCUGCACCUGCCAUGACGUGUAACCUUCAACACGUGUGUCAUUCCAUGAUGUCGAACGUCUCCUUUGCGAAUGACUCCGUUAUCACUGGUUUGCUCAUGCCCUGCUGGAGUCAAAUCAGAGCUUCUCAGCUGUGCUUCUUUCAUUCUUUCUUCCAUCUGCGGCCUGUUUCAUAGAUGCUGUACACAUUAAAAUAUGAAGAAGAGGAGGAGACUGCAGGAGCAGCCUGCUGACUGCCUUGAAGAAUGACUGAGUUUUUUUUUUU